GCUGCUUCCCUCUUCCUUCCCCUUCUUCGUCAUUCGUUUCUUUUCCGUUGGUUAAGUCCUUCGUUCACUCGUUCUGAGAUUAUCGCUCGCUGCAUUUUCGGUGCUAGACAUCGACCUAGAAUUGUGUUGUUGCUGUUGCAAUUUGCGCAUAUUUAAUAUUAUCAUCAUCAUCAUCUUCUAUAGAAAAGGAAGGAAGAGAGAUAACAAAAAGAAAAAGAAAAGAUGGUUCCCACUUACGCUCGUCUGCUCGCCACUGCGUGCGCGUUGGCUACCACCGCCAACGCUGUCACUCCCCUUGUUGUCAAAGGUACCGAUUUUGUCAACAGCAAGACUGGUGAUCGCUUCCAGAUCCUGGGUGUCGACUACCAGCCUGGUGGUUCCUCUGGCUUCAGCACGACCGAGGACCCUCUCAGCCAGCCCGACGCCUGUCUUCGUGAUGCCGCUCUGAUGCAGAGCCUUGGUGUCAACACUAUCCGUGUUUACAACUUGUCGCCCACCAUCGAUCACAGCAAGUGUGCUUCCAUCUUCAACGGUGCCGGUAUUUACAUGAUCUUGGAUGUCAACUCCCCGCUGUCCGGCGGCUCUCUUGAUCGUACCGACCCAUCUGGCACCUACAAUGCCGUGUACUUUGAGCAAGUCUUCGGUGUCAUCGAGGCCUUUAAGAACUUCCCCAACACCCUUGCCUUCUUUGCGGGCAACGAGGUCAUCAACGAGGACAGUGUCUACGAGGCUCCGGCCUACAUUCGGGCUGUCACCCGCGACAUGAAGGACUACAUCGCCAAGAACGUCAACCGGACCAUCCCCGUCGGUUACUCUGCUGCGGACGUGCGCCCCGUCCUCGUUGACACCCUCAACUACCUGUCUUGCGACCUCAAGAACUCCACCAGCUCCCAGGCCGACCUGUUCGGUCUCAACUCCUACUCCUGGUGCGGAGACUCCACUUACACGGAGAGUGGCUACGACGUGCUCGUCGAGGAUUUCUCCAACUCUUCGCUGCCCGUCUUCUUCUCCGAGUACGGCUGCAACCUGGUGACGCCCCGCACGUUCUCCGAGGUCGCGACUCUCUACGGCAAGGAGAUGUCCGCCGUCUUCUCGGGCGGUCUGGUCUACGAGUGGACGCAGGAAGCGAACAACUACGGUCUCGUCGCCGUCAACAGCAGCGACACCAUCUCCCUGCUGACCGACUACGACAACCUGAAGACCCAGUACGGCAAGCUGGACAUGAGCAGCAUCGAGUCCUCCAACGCCACCCAGACCUCCCAGGAGGCCGUUACCUGCGACUCGGCGCUGAUCAGCACCAGCACCUUCCUCAACUCCUGGGACCUGCCCAGCCGCCCCACCAAGGUCGACGACUGGAUUAGCAACGGCUUCACCAACGCCACCGUCGGCAAGCUCGUCACCGUCUCGUCGACCGCGAUUCCCCAGACCGUCUACUCUUCCAGCGGCGGCAAGCUCUCGAGCAUCAAGUACACCGUCCUGGCCGACGACGCGUCCAACGUCCCCAACAACGAGACCUCCACCACGACUAGCAGCAACUCCAGCUCGUCCAGCUCGUCCAGCACCUCCAGCUCCUCCAGCAGCUCGAGCUCCUCCAGCUCCCACGAGAGCGGUGCCACCACCGCCGCCGCUCAGAUGUCCGCCUCCGUCCUCGGUCUCCUGAGCGGAGUCACCCUGUUCGCCGCUUUCUUGCUGUGAACACAUCCUCAACACAUUAUAUAGAAUCUUAGAUUAUAUAUUUUUCGUCAGCGCGCCGAUGUUCUUAUUGCAUCCGGCUCGCUCAUCCUUUUGAUUGAUUUCUACGAUGAUUCUCUUGUUCCCGGCGAACGUGUUCUUAUUCCCGCAGGGGCCCUCACCCUGACCCCGGAUUGGUCGGUGGGCGUGGAGACGAAUUUCAUGUACAAAGUAUGACAACUCUGGUCUGUUUUUGUUCCACAUCCCCCGUCUUUGAAAGCCCCGGUGGCCGGGGGCCAUGGGCCUGGCAUGAAUGGGGAGGGAGACACGGGAAUAUGAGGUCUUUGGUCGCUUGGUUGCCCUGCUUUGGUUGCCCUGCUUUAUGCUACGAGUAUAUCGAUAUCGUCUAAUCCAUCUGCUGUAUAU